CAUCUCAUUCUCAGCUGAGAACAAUUAAGAGCUGGCAUAGUUGAAUAAUCUCUUUCUUCACAAGAUAACCCCGACCAGACCUUUUUUCAUCAAUCUCAAGUUUUUGAGAUUGAUGAAAUUGAUGAGAUUGAUUACGUCAAAAGUGAAAAGUUUAGAUUCAGUAAUAAAAUGUCUUAAUUUGCAUCUCACUAUUGAGACUUGAGGCAAAUCAUUUUUUUACCUGUCCGUUACUGACUGCUUGUUGAUUUACAGAUAGUCAGCAGUAACGAGUAAAAGUUGGUGAAUAUGAAAUUUAAAUCUCUGACUGAUAAAUAAAGUGAAAAGUUACUACACUUAUUUGAUAUCCUAGCUUGUCUCUGUUAGAACAUUAAUUAAAACAAUUCAUGGCACCACUAAAACAAAGUGACUUUCGACCGGUCACACACCAAAGAUGAAGGACGAAGGACGUCGGCGUUCCUUAAAGUUCAAAAACAAAUAAUUCUAAUGCCAGUGCAGUACAUUGAUGGACCCACAAAGAUAAAGUUAUUGUGAUAGCAGAUCAGUAAAUAAUGGAUGAUACGGGCGGUCAGCCAUCGCCUCAGCCGCACCCACUCCCCGCCCCUGCUGCUGCUGGAGUUGGACUAGAACGUGAGCCUGACCAAGUAGAGUACUGCAUUUGCCGCAAAUUAGAUUUAAUCGAAGACCAAGAGAGAAAGUAUAAUAAAUCGAACAGAAGAGAUAAACAUUCUCCGGAGUCUGCCCCCUUUGACCAGCUCAUCUACAUGGGCAUGUUAAAUUUCAACCACCGCCUGAAGAAAGCACAACGGGCCGAUGCAAUCCGCGCAGCUUAUUUUAAAGGAACACGGCCUAAAAUCAAAACUGAAAUAACCGAGGAGGAUGUGGGACUCGAAAUUUUGCAGAAAUUUGGAGAAUUGGACGACGAAUCGCCUAAAUUCGAUCCUCUCUUUAUCUCAUUCGAGGACACCAUGCAAGAAGAACUGGUCACCUUUGAAGCAGCUGAGAGGGAAGCGUUAAUCUCGGGAAACUAUUCUCUUUCCGGUUUCGAGACUGUAGAGCAAGUAAGAAAGGAGAUGGACCAAUGGGUUAUCGAGAACAAAGUAAAUGUCGAAAUGUACACUAAUUUCGACCCGAGAAGUAACCAGAGUAAAGCAGAAUGGUUCGACUUGCCACGCCCGAUGGAAAAGUGGGGUCAGUCUUAUUUAGAAUCGAAAGUGACGUCUCUCAUAGGUUUGAAUCUUCAAACGAAACCCGUUACCACAGUCGAGGAGAAAGAAGACAACAAUGUCCAAAGUACAGACUCUACUCCAGCUUUCGAACCUGAUUUAGUACCUCCCGAGCGUGACCUCCUUGCCGAAUCUCUACUUGUUCUAGAUAACCCGAACUGUGACCCCCAACGAAAAGAGAAAUUAAUAAGUGUAAAUCUGGCCGUGUUCGAUCCAAAAUAUUGGAAUUUUCCAAAGAACGUAUCCAACUGGAACGAAGUCCCCAAUGGAGAAGAAUACUUUACCCCUCUAAAACUUUGCUACACACUGAACAAACUUAUCCACCGGUGCCCCAUGGGGAUAAGUUCAAACGCACUGAAUGACUUAUUUUUUCGUAAGAACGGCUACCACGUGAGAUUCAAUAUUGGGCAACGUAUAACCUCGGACGACUUCGACAUUGACGACUACACUGAACAUUACAUACAAUUCUUCGUCAGUCUGACAGAUAUUUUUCACGUGGCCCGGCCAGUCGGUGGGGUCGGAAAGACACUCCUCUUCCCAGCCGCGUACAAAGGCUUAAUUGCAAGUCGUCGCAUUUUCGAUGCCAAACUUACCCACUUUAUCCUCAUGACGGUUAUCUUGAAUGAUACGGGUUUCGUCAAUGUGGAAGAAUUACCCUCCUUGAUUUGGUCCUAUUUUGGCGUCCACAUCAACCCAUUCGCGCUGGGGUACUCGUCCACCUUCAGCUUUGUCAAGGAUUACCUAUCCUCCCUCAGCAGUUACGUAACCUUUGCGGAAUAUUUCCAUAAACAAGACAACGACCCCGUCACAUAUGAGCCCAAAACAUUCCUCAUUCUCACAUACUUUCCCAACGCGACCCAAAACUUUGAAGCUUAUCGGACCCAAACUGAGGACCCCGGGAUGGCGGAACUGGAAAAAUCACGAAUCAAAAAUUUAACUCUGGUGGAGAAACAUCAGGCCCAAAUGAUAGGGUUGAAACCAAUCAUGAGGAUGGUAGAGGAAAUUGAAUUCUCCUCGGAUUUUAUCGACCAUCAUGGCCUGCACUAUUGUCGGUGCUCCUAUGCUAUCAGCCCUUCCAGCUUUUACGUAGUUUUGCACAAAGACUUUGAAAAUUUGCGAUAUGUAACAAGAAAGUUGGAAAAUCCGGCAGCCUACAGUAGUGAGUUGCCUUUCAACUUUUUGGAAGAAAUUACCAUCGGAUCUCUAGUCUUGGCAAAGGUCAAGCCAGAAGAGAAUGUAUGGUGCCGAGUGGUCGUAAUUUCUCUCCCAUGUGUAAAUGAAAAUAAUCCUGAGAGCGGCAUAGGGGUCAAAGUUCGCCAACUCGAUUACGGAGGUCUAUUUUGGGUAAAACUUGGCCAAAUUUCCCCACUCCCGAGAGAGCUUGGCGAACCCAUACGAGCCCUCGCGGUUCAUUGCAAUCUCCAAUUUCACGAUAAGAUUCUAAUCAAAAAGGAAAGUACUGCUAGUUGGACGGACAAGGAGAGGGAAAUGUUUAUUGAGAUGAUUUGCGGCCAAAAUAUGAAGGUCCGAUUAGGCGUGCCAACUAUUCACAAAAUUAUGACACCCGUGGGAAAACAAAUGACCGAUGUGACAGAUCCUUAUGGAAUUCCUUGUGCAACUUAUCCUGCUCGAGGAAACUUACAUCUCCCAUUUCCGGAUGUGCGACUUUUGCCUGUGACAAAGGCAGUGGUGCUAAAAACUAAACAACCAACUGAUGACUGGCUGAAUUCGACAAAGGAGUUUAAAACUUCCAAGGUCGUCAUUUCAGAUUUAGCUGUAGAAUUUGAAACGUGGUAUAAAAGCACGAAAUAAGUUAUUCGUGUUUGCAAGUUAUUUCAAAUAACUUGCAAAUCAUGAGAUAAAUGUGGAUACAGUUAAACAUUGAGCGUCCACCCAAUCAAUAAUUAGGAAAGAUUUGAUACGAUUUUUAAUAUUUGACGCAUUUUAUAACUAUGUACUACAGUUUCGACAUAACAUUUCAAAGAAACUGUUUGCUAUAAUAGAGAUGGACCCAGGAAAACCUAUAUACAAUCCUGAGAAAAAUUUGAUUUUUAUUGUACAAAUUGUCGUAUAAUUACGUACUUACUUCGGUGUUUGAGGAUAUUUUACUUGAUAUGUACUUUUAUUUUGAAAAUCUAUGGAUUUUAUUUUACCAUAAACCUUACCUACAUAUGUAUUUACAUUAAUUCAAUAAGCAAUUGGAGCGUUAAAAUUAUGAUAUAAAAUUUGAUCUUAUCUUUUAUGUACCCUUAAAAAA